UAGCCUUGACUGCUAGUUGGGGACGGUGGGAGAUGAUGAUGAUGAUAAAGGUGCCUUUAAUUUGUGUUAACAAAACAUGGAAAAGACAAACUCAAAGCCAUCAGGUGUACAAUUUAGAAAGAAGAGGAAAGAAGGAGAAGAGAAACGGGCCAAAGAUAAAGAUAUUCCUGAGUCAUAAACUGCUUUGGACCUGGAAAGUGUUAGUGAGCCAGCCAAAAUACCUUGCUCCUUUUCUUCCACAUGCUUUGUCUGAGCUGGACCACAACCAGCAGAAUCUUUUGAGAGACGAAACCAGCUGUGAGAAGAUACUAGGAACAUGUGUCCUAGGCAGAUGAUUAAAAGGCCGGUGUUCUGGUAAAGGUUCUGGAUACUAAAAAGAGAGGAACUUCACAAGGGAGGAAAAAGCUUCAGGCUUCAACCGAAGUUGCGUAAUAACUCUUUCCUGUAUGUAUUGACUUACUUGGUCUUCCUUCAUGCUUUUCCACCCAUUUCUUUCCGCUUACAGUAGCAGUGAAGUUUUCCUGCCAUAUGGCUCCUCCUCCUCUCGCAGCUUUAUAAGACAGUCAGCUGGUCUCAGCCUAUAGGAGCAUUUUCAACCCAAGCAGCCUGGUCUUUAUUUCUUGUCCACAUUUGUGCCUCUACGUCCUCAGGAGUGACUGCAGAAAUGGAGCUGGAACUGCAUGACCUGCUGCAAGAGUUCCAGGAUGUGGUGGAGGAACUGCAGGCCCCCCCUCAAAGAAGCCUGCAUGCUUACCAGCACGUGCUGAUGGAGGCCAAGAGUCGCACUGUGCUCGGAGAUGACAGCGGGGUCGAAGACUCAGAUUACGGCAGUGAAGCAUCUUUGGGAAAUAGUUUGAACACCAGUGAGGAGGAGCUCAACACAGCAGGCUUAAUGCUGCCACCAAAAGCCAAGCUGGGAGACACAAGGGAGCUAGAGAGCUUUAUUGAAGUGUUGGACCGGGAACUUGCUGAGAUGUGAAGAGCCCCGUUGAGGGUGGGGAAGAAAACAGGCCGGAGGAGAGGCGACGGGACCGACUGCCGCCAAGCAGAAGGACGGCUCUACACCAAAGCACAUUCGAGGGAGAGAUUGCUCCCUUCGCCGCUUCAGGCAUAAAGGUUAAGACCAGAAUUAAACUCAUUUGUGAAAAAAAUCUAAAUAAAAGAGGCACAAGACCCCCUGAUGAUACUGCGUCCUUGUCCACAAGAAGACAAGCCUGCAGCAUCAUCUUCAAGAUGUGUGACAUAUUCCCAAAUCUAGAUAAAACCUCCAUCUGUCUGAGAGAAGGAUGCCUCCAGUGCUGAGAAUAUGUUUAUGCCUCAUUUGAAAUUCCCCUAAGUGUUAAACCAAGAAAUAGCAUCAAUUCCUUCGGCAUCCUUUUUAAGGAGGCUUUGUGUCGCAAAACUAUGCAGCACUUUAGUUUAAGUCCCUGCUGUCUAAUAUCAAAAAUGUCAUUUAUGUCGUCAUGUUUUCACUGUACAGUUCUUGUUUAUGUUCUUUUUGUACCAAAUGUCAUGCAGGUGAAUGCAUGUGCUGGAGAAAUAAAGCUCUGUUUGAUAGGA